AGGGCCAGCGGCGGCCGCGGCGGCAGCGGCUGGGAGACCUGCAGGGUUUCCGGAGCUGCCGGCCUUGACUGCUGAGUGCUGCCGACAUGGCGGCAGCUCUGUGGGGCUUGCUCUCCGCCUUGUUGCUUCUCUCAGGGACUGCCCAGAACUCAGAGUUGCCUGGGGCUUCUGCCGAGGGGCCGGGAGGGAGUGGGGUCGGGGAUCGUUUCAAGAUCGAGGGGCGUGCUGUCGUUCCGGGGGUGAAGCCUCAGGACUGGAUCUCGGCGGCCCGAGUGCUUGUAGACGGAGAAGAGCACGUCGGCUUCCUUAAGACAGAUGGGAGUUUUGUGGUUCAUGAUAUACCUUCUGGAUCUUAUGUAGUAGAAGUUAUAUCUCCAGCUUACAGGUUUGAUCCUGUCCGAGUGGACAUCACUUCCAAAGGAAAAAUGAGGGCAAGAUAUGUGAAUUAUAUCAAAACAUCAGAAGUGGUCAGACUGCCCUAUCCUCUCCAGAUGAAAUCUUCAGGUCCACCUUCUUACUUUAUUAAAAGGGAAUCAUGGGGCUGGACAGACUUUCUGAUGAACCCAAUGGUUAUGAUGAUGGUUCUUCCAUUAUUGAUAUUUGUGCUUCUGCCCAAAGUGGUUAACACAAGUGAUCCUGACAUGAGACGGGAGAUGGAGCAGUCAAUGAAUAUGCUGAAUUCCAACCACGAGUUGCCUGAUGUUUCUGAGUUCAUGACAAGACUCUUCUCUUCAAAGUCAUCUGGCAAAUCUAGCAGUGGCAGCAGUAAAACAGGAAAAAGUGGGGCUGGCAAAAGGAGGUAGUCAGGUGGUUCUGAAAUGGCAUUUGCACAAAAUAAUGGUAACACUGGGUGGCAUCUAAAUCUUGAGAGAAAACUGUGUGAAGCAACUACUGUACACUUGAGUCAUCCUGAAAGUUGAUCUCUUACAACUGUUGUAUAUGUUAACUUUUUAGCACAUGUUUUGUACUUGGUACUUGAGAAAAUCCAGCUUUCAUCCUUUGUAUGAGGUCAAUAUUGAUGUCACUGAAUUAAUUGCAGUGUCCUAUAGAAAAUGACAUUAAUAAAUUAUAUGAAAUACUAUACUUUAUGUAUAUUAAAACGUCUUAACCCAGAGAUCAAAUUAUCUUCUGUCUUUUUUUCACUUAAUGUAUCUUUUUUUUCCUGACAGUUUUCUUCUGUUUUUCAUUAUCUGAGGCUUAUCGUUGACCUUUUCUGUUUAAAAAGAAGUAAGUUAUUUUUAGAGCAGCGUGCACUGUAUGUAUUUGUGUGACCAAAGCUUUGGAAACUGUCAGCCCUGCUCUGCUGUUUACCAUUCUCUCCUUUUUGAGCUAGAAUCACAUGUUCCUGAUGUGGUUUUAGUUUUUGUUUUCAGUAGGGAUUCAUGAAUCAGAACAGGUCCUGUAAAUUUUAUUCUGAUUACCAUCAAUGAUAAUCAUUUUACAUUUACUGAGUACCAGCUAAUUGCUGUGAUCCAAGGUAGGAUACGGGCUUGGCUAAUAUCCGGGCACCUGUUCACAAUAGAGCUUAGUAUUUUGGAAGGAAGGACAAAUAACAGGGAAAGAAUGGCCAGGGGAAAGGUGCAGUAGGCAGAGUGCCUUCUAGAGUCCAAAGAUACAUAAAUCAACCUUAGAACUCCAUAAUAUAAUAUUGAUGGCACACAGCACAGGUUGCUUUUAACUCCCUUUAUCUUUCUCAGAAUUGACUCUCAGGAUUGUUGCAAUAAUGGUUGCUACUUUACAGCCAGGAGUAUGUCAUAAAAUUCUUUGUAAGUUAUAGUAAUUUUAGAGCUUUUCCUUUUGGGUAAUUUUUAUUAAAGGUAACUCUUUAAGUCAGAGUGUUACUUUCAGUAGAGGGCUCCUAUUGAUUCUCUCCUAUUUCAAAGAACUCUUCUGUUGCUUUUUGAAGGUAGUUAAAUCAGCUAAAAAUAACAAAAAGAUGGGUUGGUUCCAAACUAUUUUUCUCUUGUGUUAGGUGACAUUGCUCAUUUUGAAAUAAGGUAAUUAAAUUUCAAAAUGAGCUCUGAAUCAGGACACUUUAUUAACUGUGCCUCUGUUUGUGUUAUAUGCAAGAAAAUUACCAAACUAAGCUGUAAAUUACUAGAUGGGUAAAUUGGCUAAGAGUAUAACUAGGUCUUUUAAAAUAGUCAUUUAUUGAAAAUAAAAUGUUAGAACCCUAGCUGAAUGUCACUCAUUCAACUGGUAUUCUGAUUUUCACUUAGUGUUCUAAUAUUCACUUAAAAUUAAAUGAAAAAUUGUUACUUCUUCCUUUAUAAUAUUAGGGAAGUCGAAUGCAAUAAAUCAUUGUCUGACCAGAAGUCAUAUUUAAAAUGUCCUAAUUUGGGUUGUCAGAGUUAAUACACGGACUAGGCGAUGACCAAGAAGUUACAAAGCACAUCCAAGGAAACUACCACUUCACCUGCUAAUUAAGAAGCUGUCAUCAUUUCACAUGAAUUUUAAUAGCAUCUAUCACUUAUACUCCUUAUAUUGCAGAAAUGUGUCAAAUGCCUAGGGUGCUCACAGGUACAGAAAGUAUUGUAUGUUAUUAGACAACACAGGGCUUGGUAUAAAGAGCCUGUGUGGCUGCUAAAUUGCUUUGUGAUUUGGGCAAGUCACUAUCCUGCUUGGGACCAUGUCUUAUUCUUUGUUGUAUAUCCAGCAUUAAGUAUAUAGGCACAAUAAUAAAUGUUUGUUGAAUGAAU